AUGAGUGGUGAUUUACAAUUUACAUUUCAUCUCCAGGUCUGCAGUUCUUGCAGUUUGAAGAGUUCUUGUGAAAAAGCAUAUCUUCUUACAAAUAAAGAGGAUGAACCAAGAACUAUUGAUGUCCUGCGAGUCCUACUGACAUAUGGUUUUGAUCCAGUGAAUGGAUCAGUCAGUAAUAUGUCCAUUUUGAAAAUGAAAUAUGUGAAGACUGUUGUCCGUAAGUUGAUCCAUGAGGUAGUCAAGUUAGGUUCUGUUCCCAUAGAUCCAAAUCUUCUCCGUGUCACACGGAGACAUGAAAAAUUGACUGGUUCAUCCUAUCAAGAUCCUGGAGUCGAAUCCGAUGCGGCGAUACCAACAAGACUUCUUCCAUGGCAGAUCAACCAUUUGGGUCUAGGGAGGUUGGCUUGGUUGAGAAUUCUGUUCCCCAUGCUUCGAUGGUUCAAAUUGGUGGAUCUGAAUGUGGAACUGAACUUUCCAUAUCUUCAACCCUUGAUUCACCAGCUAGGUCUGAGAUCAGUUGGAGAGAUAGGACUGUUAACUCUGUUAAUGAUCGAAGUGUUAAAUUCUGUGGUUUCUGUAGAUUCACCACAGGUAGAGAAGAAGCCAGAUAUAGGUCCAAGCAAUGUGCAGCGGGAGCUGGGAUCCCAAUCAAGCUAUCCGGUGUCCAAGUCCUGA